AACCAAAUUUGGCAUUUGUCAUUAGUGUCAUUUAUUGAUGGUGGAUUGAUAUUUUAAUCCAAACUAUAUUUUUAAAUGUUCUUAUAACUGAUCACAAACAGGAGAUUUUAUCAAGAAAGUGAAUAUUUCCGAUAGAGGUAACUACUAAUCUUCAAUUUUUAGAGAAACCAGAUGUCCUGGUCAGGGUGGCCCACACCCGGAACUGCACUUCCGGGUGUCGUAUCGGCACCUCCAAUUCAAUCAGCGGUGUUGCCAGGUAUUGCUCCGACUCAAAUGAUCGCACCUGCAGCUAGUACCGCUUUACAUUACAACCAGGAUCAGUGGGCUCAGAUGCAGCAGCAGAAUUGGCAGCAAUGGGCUCAGUGGCAACAGCAAUAUCAACAAUGGCAUCAGCAAUAUGGAGCAGAGUAUAACAAAUCGAUGAACGCGAUGACUACUAAUCCUCCCCCGCCUCUAAUGGACACAAACACUUCUGUACCUCCACCUCCACCGAACGAAGCAAAGCCUCCUCCACCCCCACCACCAGAAGACUCCGUUCAGCGCCCUCAGCAACCCUCUGGCUACAUGACAGUACCCCCACCAGCCCAACAAUACACCACAGCCCCUCCCACUCAUGCUCAGACCAAGCCGCAGUGGUCCAAUACCAACAAAAGAACCUACAGUCAAACCCAAGGGUCUGAACAGCCUGAAACUGCUAAAAGACCUUUAUUGGAUAAUCCAGCUCAAUGGAAUAAACCUGUUCCUGCUCCUGUACAACCUCCAGUUCAAACUCAUGCGCAGAAAGUCGCUGUUAACUUGGAGGAACUUACAGAGGCGGAGAAAAAGUUCGAUAAAGAGUUCGCAGCAUGGGAGGCGCAGUUUAAUAAAUGGAAAGACCAAAACGCGAAUCAUCCUGAUCAAACUCAGUUUAUGGAGUAUGAAAAGAAGUGGGAAUCAUGGAGAAACUCUCUUUUGGACAGGAGAGAACAAAUGAGGAAGAAAAGACUAGCUUUACAGGCUUCUGUAUCUCCCAAACCAACUUCAACGGCAAUUCCUCAAGUUUUCAAUGAACCACCUCCAACAAACUUGAUGUCAAAGCCUCCACCUUCGAUUCCAUUGGCUCCAGAUGUUUUUUCUAAACCUCCUCCAACUCAAAACAAUGAACCUCUGGCUUUUAAAGCAAAUAAAGGAGAUUCUUUAAUAAUUGAAGGUGAAACUAAAUCAAGCUUUUUACAACCUUCCUCACCUUCAGCAGAGGGAGGUAUCCCUGGAUUAGAUCUAGUUAAAGAAGACAUACCUGACGAGAAACCACCUUCACCAAAGAAACCUGACUUUGAUGCAAUUUCCAAAGGAAUUAAUACAAUUUUAGGCGAUCCUAAACUCAUGAACAUGCUAUCUAUGGUGUCUCAAAAAAAACCUUCGUCCGAAGAACAGCUACAGCCCAAUAAAGCAGAGACUGUAAAUAAUUUUGACGAUCAAACUCAGAUGAGUUUCGCCAGCGAUCAGGAGGGUUCAAGGUUUAGUGGAGGUUAUGAGAAGUUUGGUGGUCAAAAUGACAGGUUUAAUCAACCUAGGAAUUUUGAAAAUGAUAGAUUUAGAGGUAAUGAGAGGAAUUUUGAACCUCACCCUCCUCCUAACCUCGGUAAUGACAAUAGGUUUAGGGGAAAUGCAAAUAGUUUUGAUGGGAAUCCUAAUCAAGGAUUUAGAGGUAAUUUUAAUCCAAAUGAUCGGUUUAGAGGAAACGGAAUUAACCAGAACAACUUUAAUGAGCCUCCUCCGAGUAAUUUUAGAUCCAAUGAACCACCAAAUCGUCUGUCAAACUUCGGAGAUGACAGAAGGAGUCAGAAUUUCGGUAGGAACAACAGUUUUGAUAAUAAUCAGAAGUUUUCUAGAGAUUUUGAAGGUAACAGGGGCGGUUUUAAUCAGAGGGGGAGAGGUUAUAAUUAUGACGAGCAGUAUGACGAGUAUAAUGAAGGAAAUUACUAUGGAGCUGAACCUAGGGAAGACGAGAAUUGGAAUGAAGAUGACGAAUAUGAUAAGUACCAUAAUAUGUUUGAGGAGGAUGAUAAUAAUCGGGGUUAUGAUGAUAACAAUCAAGGUUAUGCUGAUAAUAAUCAGGGUUAUGAUGAUAAUAAUCAGGGUUAUAAUGAUAACAACCAGGGUUAUGAUGAUAAUAAUCAGGGUUAUGAUAAUCCCGAACCUGUGAAGCCUGUGCAGGAAGAACCACCUCCGGUGGUUGAAGAAGAGCCAUUAUUUGUACCGCAACUUGUGGUGGACUACGAGCACAAACCUUUAAAAGAACCUGAGCCUGAAGUUAUUCUGGAACCAAUCCGGAAGUUCGACUACCGUCAUAAAAACGUCAAUCGCAUCCCAUAUCCUCAGAGACCAACCUGGCUGUACGGUUCCUUGAGAAACAUCAGACAGUUUGAUCCUUUGGGGAAUAAUAGGUUCCCUGGUUCAUUUGAAAGGGAUUUCAACUACCCACCAAAAAAUCCCGUUGACAUUAGAGAGAGGGAUACUAGAAUUGACACACUAGAAAGACCUAUUGGGGGAAACAGGCCAGGCAGAGAGGAACCGGAAAGAUCUUUUAGUGGAAACAGACCAAACAGAGAUGAGCCGGAAAGGUCUUUUAGUGGAAACAGGCCAAACAGGGAUGAACCGGAACGGUCUUUUAGUGGAAACAGACCAAACAGGGAUGAACCGGAAAGGUCUUUUAGUGGAAACAGGCCAAACAGGGAUGAACCGGAAAGGUCUUUUAGUGGAAACAGGCUAAACAGGGAUGAGCCGGAAAGGUCUUUUAGUGGAAACAGGCCAAACAGGGAUGAUUUUAAUAGGAGGUAUUCGGAUAGUUCGAGGAAUUCAACUCCAUGGAACAGUAAAGAGAAGAAACCAAUCAGUGAUAAUAAUAGAGCUCUGCGCUUCGAACCGCCUAGCUCGAAACCUCUGGAUUUGGAAGAAUUGUCUGAUGACGAGUGGAAUGACGAAACAAAUAAGAAUCAAGACUGGAAUGACAAAAGAAGCAAGAAUCCACCCUCUAGACCCUUUAGCAGCUCCCCCGAGAAAAAGAUUGUGGAACCUCAGGCAGUAGCUCCUCGAAACACGACUUUGGAGGAGUUGAUUAAUAUUCCAGGACGUUUCAACCGACCUUCAAAAAUAGUUAUAAUAUUGAGGGGUCCUCCGGGCAGUGGCAAGACUUAUUUGGCCAAACUUAUAAAGGAUAGAGAGGUUGAAAAUGGUGGUUCCGCACCUAGAAUUUUAUCCCUAGAUGAUUAUUUCAUGGUAGAACACGAAAAAGAUGUUAUGCAAGAUGGAAAAAUAGUAAAAAUCAAAGAGAUGGUCUACGAAUACGAGGCAGAAAUGGAGGAAACGUACCGGAUGUCUCUGAUCAAAUCCUUCAAGAAAACCAUCACAGACGGUUACUUUAACUUUAUAGUGGUGGAUAACGUUAAUCAAAAAGUGAAAAACUUUGGCGAGAUGUGGAGUUUUGCUAAACAGAGCGGUUUUCAGGUAUAUAUCUGUGAACUGGACCUCGAUCCUCAACUAUGCUUCCGUCGUAACAUCCAUAACCGUAACGAGAAGGAUAUUGAGGAUUGCAUAGCCGGAUGGGAACCAACUCCGCAACAUCAUCCCAGCAUAGACCCUACCACAUUCUUGGAGAGUUUCAGCGCCAUUACGGAGGUAGAGAUGGAGGAAGUUGAACAGGAGGACAAUGGACGCGAGGAAGAGGUGGAGGACCAUAUUAGAAGCAAAUGGGACACUUUCGACUGUUCUAUAAACAACCUUGCCCGACUUGACGGCGUCAGCAAACCCAUACGCUCCUCAAAGUCCAUGGAGGAGUACCUUCAGCUCGACGACGAAUGGACAGAACCCACCAAACCGCUCAAACCAGGACAGAAAAGGGUACGAUGGGCCGACCUGGAGGAACAGAAACAACAGAAGAAGAUGAAAGCGCUUGGUUUCGUUGUCGGCCACACAGACUGGAACAGGAUGAUGGAUCCUACGAAUGGCGAGAGCGCCCUCAUCCAGACGAAGUAUAUCGAGCGCGUGCGCAAAUACUGAACACAACCUAGUUUUUAUUCUUCGGAGUUGGUUUAUUCUUCGCUAGAGAACUCGUUAAGUAAGAUUAAUAAAUUAUAAUUUUUAUUAUUAUUUAACUGUCGCUUUUUAUAUUGAAUCUGAGAUUGGGGUUGGUCUGGAUCAGAAGUUGACGUUUAUGAAUCAUUAUGUUUUAGAAAUUUGAAAAGUUUCAAGCUUAAGAAAAAGGGAUUUUCUUGUGUUGAAUUGGCUAAAUAUAUGCACGGUUACUCAGUGAUAGAACAAAAUUCAUUAUCUGAAUUGUCGUAAGAGCUACAAAAAGUAUAAUAAUUUUAGAGAAUGGUAAGGUACCCUUCAAAUAAAUAAGAAAAUUAAUUUUGUUCUACCAAUGAUUCACCCUAUACAGUGGCGUUAAUAUUAUUGCUUAAAUGUUAAUUUAUUUUAUCACGUGGUAAUUUCUCUGUAUUAUGGUCAGAGGAUAAGUCUGAUAUUUUUGAAGGUUUAGAAAUAAAUAAUGUGAAUCAAUUAUAAGUUAUUACUGGAUGAAUUUGAUGAUUUUGUAUAUUGUAAUUGAAUUUGAUCUGUGAAAAAUAAAGUGAUGAUAAACGAACUUGAAAUUCAA